AAGGGUUACCCUCCUUGCCUGAUAAAGCAACAUAUGUGAUGAUACCAAAGAUAUAAUCGAUGAAAAUGGAGGAAGAGUGUAGAAUAUGUCUAAGAAAGCAAUAUUCGAGGCACCUCUUUCUUUUAUUUUGAAAUGAACGACCAAUCGUAAUGAAAAAAACUAGUACGCCACUGCGUUUUUGCAACGUAAAGUGGAUUUUGCACAUUUAAACAAGUGGUCAUGUUUUACCAUUGGAAAACAUAAAUUGACUUCUUCAGCUGACUUAUUGGCCUCUUUCUAAGUACCAGUUAUCGUGGUAUCUUUGGUCUGAAGUAAGUGUGAGUAAACUCCGUAAAUAGUUAACAUGCUAUUAUUAUUUUUAUAUUUUUUCUAAACGUACAAUACGUAGAGAAACUCAAAGAGGAAAAGGAGGAACUUAAAGCUUAUCACAAGGCUGGCCCCGUUACUGUUACAGUGAAGUCCACAUCUGGGAUACUUCUUGGAAAUAUUCCGUUCGAGUAUAUAGACCACGAAAACAAUCUUCUGAAACAAAUGGUGUGUGACCCCAAGUCGCGACGGAAAUUGUUUUUGGUAAUGGCUGAAAGAGAGCAACAGCCCAGUUUACAUCCCCCUCACACGGACCCAACAACAGGGUCUUCUCAAGCAUCCCAUGUAUUAGCUAACUUAGUGUAUGCAGCAGCAAAAUUUGAUGCUCCUGAGCUUAUAAGAACGAUUUUCGACUCCUCAAGCGGAGGCGUCGUCUUUCAUGCUUACAAGGAUAGUGCAAAAUUGCCUGAGUCUGUGGCGAGGGACCAUGGUAAAGAUGACACUGCAACUUACCUCGAAGAAGUAACCACUAGAUUUUAUGAAGAGAUCAAGUCUGGUAAGGAAUUUAACCAGACCGUGGAUUGGUUAGAACUUAUAAAAGCUGCUGAUGAAGCUCAAGCCACUAUCUCAUCAGAUCACGAUACCGAAGAAAGAGACAGAAAUCACUUGGAAAGUAAUCUCGUCAAAGAAAGUGGAUAUUCGGCUGAUUUCGAAUCAUCGCCUAGUUUGUCAUCUGACUCCGAAAGCUCUGAUUCCGAACAUCAUACUCUAACCUCGUCCUAUGAAGUCAAAACGAGAUUAGCGAAGAAUAGUACUGUUAUAACAGCUCAUGUAAAACGCGAUGUCAUUCCGCCAGUUAAAGAAGAAAGUAGUGUCUUUCCAUCAACUGCUAGUGAAAGUGGUAUAUCACCAUCAGCUGAAAUGGAAAGUGGUGUUACCCCAUCAGAUACCAAAGAAAAAGACAUUACGCCAUAAGCUGCUACAAAGAGAAAUCUUACACCAUCGGGUGAAAGAGAAAUUAAUUUCACACUAUCAGCUAUGAAUGGAAAUAAUAUGAAGACAUCAAAUGCAUGUGAUAGUGGAGUCAAGCUAUCAAAUUCUAAGGAAAGUAACGCAACGCAAUCAGCCGAUGAAGAAAGCGAUGUCACGCUCUUAAGUGCUGAGGGAAGUGCUGGUAGGUCAUCACCUGAAGAAGAAUGUGGUGGCACGCUUCCACCUGAAAGUGAAAGCGAUGUCCUGCCAUCAGCUGAGAGAGAAAACGAUGCUACGCCAGCAACC